AUGACCCAACAGCGCCCAAUCCUAGUGAUCGGGGCAGGAAUCUCCGGCCUCGCCCUCGCCCACGGCCUCCAAAAACACAACAUACCCUUCAAGCUAUUCGAAAGAGACCUCUCCCACGCCUACCGUGCCCAAGGCUACCGACUCCGAAUCGCAGCCGAAGGACUCACAGCCUUGGAGUACUUGCUUGACCAGGCAACAUGGGACAACUUCCUCCUAACUUGCGCGGACAUGCGAUGGCGACCGAUUACCGUUGUUGAUGCUCUAAAAGGCGAAAGCGAUAAUGGUAGUAAUACGAACGCGCCGCCGCCGAGAGAAGGCGAGAGACCACCCACUACCGUGGACCGGACUGUGCUUAGGGAGGUACUGUUAAGGGGGUUGGGGGAUGAGAACGUGGAGUACGGGAAGGCGUUGGAGAGGUAUGAGGAAAGUGAGAAUGGAGUAAAGGCUUUCUUCCAAGACGGAACGUCGGCGGAGGGAGCGUUGAUUGUUGGAGCCGAUGGUGCGCAUUCUCAUGUGAGGAGGCAAUUUUUGCCACAACUGGAGAUUGUCGAUACGGCUGGGAGGUGUAUCUACGGGAAGACCGUGCUCACGGACGAAGUCAUCAAGAAGCUUUCCGAGGACAUCAUGGGUGGAAUGUCCGCUGUCAAAGACAACUCGCAGAAAGACAUCCUGUCUAUGGUCGUGGAGCCGACGACGUUUCCGCGACGAAAGGAGAUGGAGGAGAAAGGAUUCACAUGUCCCCCAGACUACCUUUAUUGGGUUAUGGUCUCAAAGCCACGGACGAUGGGGUACACUCUAGAAGACGACUUCGCGCAUUUCGACGCUCAGAAGGCAGAGCAACUGGCCUUGAAGGUCACAGAAAAGUGGCAUCCGAGCACACGAGCGAUCGUGGAACAUCAGCAAUCUGGCGAGACAUCGACUCUGCCCAUUCGUUCCGUCAAGCCGGACUUCGCUGCUUGGGAACCUAAUUCCCACAUCACGGUAUUAGGAGAUGCAGUCCACUUGAUGGGCCCUACUGCCGGAUCUGGUGCAAUCACGGCUUUGAGAGACGCUUGGAAUCUAUGCAAGACACUUGUGGACGAAGGCUUGAGCAAGAAAUCGAUCGGUGCAUAUGAAGCCAAGAUGCGAGAGUACGCUUCUCAGACUGUCGAGCUGAGCUGGUUGGGCGGCAAGCAUAUUUUCGGAAUGAGACGAUGGGACGAGGAGGAAGAGCAGAAUGGUAAUGUCUGGAAGCAGAAAGCACCCUUGGCAUUUUCUCUUGUGGCAGGUUAUUGGUGUAAUUUUUCAAACUGCACGAUCUGA